UCUGGGAGCUCCGUGCGGGGAGACGGCGUGCUUUCUGUGAGCCAUGAAGGUUGUUUAGAUGAUUACAAGGCUUGAGUGUGAAGUGUAUUUUGUGGGUUUAGUUGUUUUGGAAGUGAUACCCGUUGGAGGAAGCCCCUCGGAUGGUCUGUGGGAGGGGCGACACCAGCCCGACCGCAGUCACUCAGUCAGUCAGUCGUUAGGUGCUGAAGCUGACCGGAGCAUCCUCAUCCUCCUUCCUUCCUCCUCAGCCUCCUUUAUCUGAUUUUUUUUGGGGGGAUUAUCUUUAUCGGAUGCUCCUCUGCCCCGCGAACAGCCCCUGCUUUGGCUGAUGGAAAAAGACAUCCGGAAAAAUGUGCGCGAAUGUGUUCGGAGUUUUGAAAAGCCUGUUUGGGAAGCCCUUUGAUGGAGGGAAGAGGAUGGACCAUGGAGUCCCACAGCAGCAGCAUCCGAUGGAGCAGCAGCAGCAGCCGUAUCACCCGCAGCACCCCGCCAUGAUGCGGCUCUACGAGGUGCAGAAACAGGUGGAGUCUCUCGGGCCGCAGGUGUGCACGUUCAGCGGCAUGCAGAGCGACCGCGACUACAAGCGUUUGGAGCGCGAGCUGACGCGGCUGCUGCUGGAUGUGGACCAGGUGGACACGGAGGGCAAGCCGGAGCUGCAGGGGGCCAGAAAGAGAGCGGCGCAGGAGGUGGAGGGCCUCCUACGCUACCUGGAGGAGAACGCCACGCACCCGUCGCGUCUGGCCAUCGAGGAGCUGAGCGACAAGGCGCGGCAGCUGAUCGACGAGCGGGUGGUGGUGCCUCAGCGUUCGGGCGGGGUGACCGAGAUAGGCGACGAUCUGGUGGACACCCUGCAGGAGCUCGUGCUGAGGCUCACCCAGGUGAAGACCGAAGGGAGGGUGCCGCUCCGCAAGGCGCGCUACCGGGCACUGACGCGCCUCUGCGCCGUGCAGGAUGUCCUCGAGGGCCGCACGCAGCAGCAGACCCUCUCCCUGCCGCUGUCGGGGGAAACCCACGAGUCGGUGAACCGCAUCAACCAGGUGAUGGUGAAGGUGAGCGUGGCGCGCAGUCAGCUGGUGGCUCUGCUGAUGGGGCUGAGCGGCAGGGACAGCUGCGCCCACCUGUCCCGGAUCCUGACGGAGAUGCAGGUGGAGCUGGACGCCUUGGAUGUUUCCGGGAACGCGGCGAUCAGAAAUUACAGGAAACAGGUGGUGGAGGAGAUUAACGGGCUGCUGAAACAUCUGGACCUGGAGGGAGAGGGAGAGGACACACGCAGGUACGACUUGGCUCAGAACAACUCCAUCCGUGAGAUCGAGGCGGUGAGAGCUCACGUCUCCCACCUGCGAGAGGGCGUCCUGCGGCACUGCUACAUGGGAGACCUGAGCUUCAGACCCAAAGCGGAGCUGCAGAGCCUCCUCACUCACCUGGACCAGGUGGACACGGCUAAGAACCCUUGCAUCAGAGAGGCCCGCCGCCGCGCUGUAGUCGAGGUCCAAGCCAUCGUCACCUUCCUAGACCUCCGCGAGGCUCUGGUCUGCCGCCAAACGGGUCCCAGCGAGCAUCCGUCGCACCGGUCCGUGUGGCUGGUCCUGGGCAGCCUGUCGGACCUCCAGGCGCAGGUGCUGGGCUUCGAUGGAAAGCGGGCCGACAAGAGCUACAUGAUGCUGGAGGAGCUGCUGACCAAACAGCUGCUGGCGCUGGACGCUGUGGACCCGCAGGGCGACGAGAGCACCAAGAUGGCGAGGAAGCAGGCGGUGAAGUUUGCCCAGAACAUUCUCAACUACCUGGACAUGAAGACGGACGAGUGGGAGUACUGAUCCGUGAGAAAAAACUUUGAUGGGAGACGUCGCUGCAGGAGUGGAAAGGUGGUCGAUGAUAAUGUCUGUAAAUUCAAAAAAAAAAAAAAAAUUAAAAACUGGCACGUUAUCAUUCCAUGGGUUGUAAAUAUUGACUCAAAUCCCCAGAAUGCACUGCAGCAGCGCUUUUAUUUAGUUGUGGUAGUUGUGGCCGAUCCUGCAGAGAAGUCAACAACACAGAACUCCUUUUGUGGAACACAGUUGGAAUUAUUUUUGGGUGCUCUUUUUGAAAAUUUUCUUUUCAAAUCCCACAUUUGUGUGUGUGUGUGUGUGUGCGCACGUGUGUGUGUGCGCGUGUGCGGUCGUUUGUUUGUGCGUGUGAGAUGUCGUCGGUUGUCGUCGUGUUUGGUGUGCGUGGUCGUUGAAGCCUGCUGCUGCCAAAACAUUAAAUAAUGCCUGUUUUAGUGGUUGUUUUCUCCAGACUGCACUUGAUAUCGACAAAUCCCCGCCGAGUGUGAUGGAGUGCUUCACAGUUGCUUCCCCCCCCUC